GCAGGCCGGGGCUCCGCGGCCUUCACGUCUUUUUGUCUGAGAACUGGAUCCUCUGCCGCUCUACAGUGUGUGCGAUAGCCUCGGAGCUGCGUCCGUAACACACUGUCAAACCACUCCAAACGAAUACAACCGCGACCAAAAGCAUUAAUUCAACACCUUCGGCCAUGGCGCGGCCGAGCUGCCGGUAAAUCGGUCGUAUUUGCGACUGUUCGCGGGAACUUAGUGCGGGCUCUGAUCGGGGCUCGCUUUCUGUGUGCAUCAGUCUUUAUUAGCGAGCUGCCGCUCUUCUUGCUAUCAGCGAUUUCUUUAACUUUUUAAACACUCAGCUCGGCGGAUGACUGAGCGCCGGCGGAGUAUGGGAUCCUUGGUGUCUUAGGAAGCGACUGAAGUGGGCUUUAACCGUUUUUGCAUGCAAAAACAAUGGCAAAUUCGACGGGGAAAAAUCUACUAGAUCAGCGGAGGAAAGGACAGGCUUUCCUGGACGAGCUGCGGCAAUUUCACCAAAGCAGAGGAUCGCCGUUCAGGAAGAUUCCUAUCGUGGGUGGGAAAGAGCUGGAUCUGAAUGCUCUCUACAUCAGAGUCGUCUCUUUAGGUGGAUUUGCUAAGGUCUCCGACAAAAACCAAUGGAUUGAACUUGGAGAGGAGUUUAACUUUCCCAAGAGUUGUUCCAACGCUGCAUUUGCUUUAAAACAGUACUACCUGCGAUACCUGGAGAAGUAUGAGAAAGUCCACCACUUCGGCGAGGAUGAUGAAGAAGCGCAGCCGGGGAACCCCAAAGCCUCUCUUCCAAUCGGUGCAAUUCCUAACUCUUAUAACUACCAGCAACACGUUGUAUCAGACUAUCUUCGCCAAAGCUAUGGACUGUCUACGGACUUCGUUGCGCCGUGCGACUACAACAAACUGGUGCUGUCUCUCCUCUCGGGCCUCCCCAACGAAGUGGACUUUGCCGUCAACGUUUGCACUCUGCUUUCCAACGAGAGCAAGCACGCCAUGCAGCUGGACAAGGACCCCAAACUGGUCACGUUGCUGCUGGCGCACGCCGGCGUCUUCGACGACUCACUAGGCAGCUUCUCCGGGGUGUUCGGGAUGGACUGGAAGGAGAAAACCUCUCGGGACUUUGUCAGGUUCUGGAAAGAGGUGGUGGAGGACGCCGAAGUCAGGGAGCUCAUCUGGGACAAGAGCAGCCCGGCACAAGAUGGUACGUCGUGUGAGAGGCGCUGGCAGAGCAUCUUCCACCCGCCGCGGAACCCGGGCAUCAGCGACAUGGAGGCCCAGCGGGUGCUGCAGAUCGCCGUCAUCCUGCGGAACCUCUCCUUCGAGGAGGCCAACGUCAAGCUGCUAGCGGCCAACCGAACGUGCCUGCGCUUCCUCCUGCUCUGUGCCCACUGUAACCUCAUCUCACUCCGACAGCUCGGCCUCGACACGCUGGGCAACGUGGCUGCCGAGCUCCAGCUGGAUCCUGUCGACUUUCGGACGACACAUCUGAUAUUUCACACCAUUACCAAAUGCUUGAUGUCCAGGGACCGGUUCCUGAAGAUGAGAGCCAUGGAGAUCCUGGGUAACCUCAGUAAAGUGGAGGACAAUGGCAUGCUAAUCUGCGAGUACGUGGACCAGGACUCGUACCGGGAGGUCAUGAUGCUCCUCACCCUGCCUGACCUCAUGUUACUCAUGGCCUCCUUGGAGGUGCUUUACCUGCUGGCCCAGCUGGGGGAGAUUCCCUGUGGCAAAAUAGCCUCCGUGGACCACAGCAUAGACCUCCUGGUGCGGUUAGUCUCUGUUGACCUGCACACGUUCGGACCCGACGCCCUCACGGCCGUGCGGUUGAUCGAGCAUCAGGCCAACGCCGACCAGGCGGCGGAGGUCCGGCCGCAGCUGGUGGAGCAGGUGCCUGCAGUCAUGCAGGGCACGCCGGCACCGGUAACGAGGGUCCCAGUUCAAUCUGCUCAGCCUCCUCCCGGCAUCGUGGAACUGGACGGGGAGAAAUUCACACUGCAGUGGUUAAAUGCACACUUCGAGACCCACCCCGAGGGCACGGUGUCUCGAUCAGAAAUGUACUCUGAGUACCUGGCCACGUGCAGCAAAAUGGGACGGAGCAACAUCUUGAAUUCUACUGGCUUCCUCAAAUGUCUGCGAACCGUGUUCCCCAACCACACGAUGCGGCGGCAGGACGAGCAGAAGGCCAGCAGCCAGGUCCACAUCCUCCUGGUAGGCCUGCGGCGGAGGUCCAUCCCCCUUCCCAUCCAGUUGUACUACCAGCAGCCUCAGCAGAACCCGGCAGCAGCGCCUCCGCCUCCAGCAGCUCGGCACGACGUACCUGGAGACCCUCAGGCCCCUCCUCCAGGCUUACCCCCCGGGCACCCCGGUCUUGGACCUCAGUUCGUCCGGUCUGCGGGCUCCGGCGUCUCGUCCCCCUCACUGACUGCACAGGAGCCUCCUCACGUCGGCCACCAGACUGUUCCCCGUCAUCCGGUGCCUCCGCAGGUGUCUCCGCAGUUACCCCCAAAUCCUCUGGCAGCAGCGCAGCAGCAGCAGGUCCGACCUGGUCCGACAGUCCAGAUUCCGCCGUCGGCUCCGGCCACGCAGAACCACAGCCCUCAGAACCCGGCGGCCCCGCAGCAGCAGCAGCACUCCCCCAUGCUCCCCACAGGGACGCCUGUCACGCUAUUUCAGCAGGUACCGCAGGGCCACAUCCUCACCGCCAGGGUGCAAGGCGUGUGCCCCCCCCUCACCCAGCACCCGCCCCUGCCUCAAACCCCGCCUCUGUCCGGAGCCGGCCAGGCGGAGUCCGCGCCGUCCUCCUCCACCCAGGCGCCCAACUCCCAGGCGUCGCGCGUCACCUUUCAGAACAUCGCCCCCAAGCCAGCGCCAAGCCAGCCUGGACCAGCAGCCACGAUAGCGCCGACCAACCAGCAGCCUCAGCAGGCGCAGAGCGUAGUAAUAGUCGGUCCCAACCCCCAGCAGAGCCCCGCCUACUCCCCCGCCAUACACCAGAUCGUUCUCGCCAACCCUUCCGCCAUCCCGGGCGCCCAGACUAUCCAGAUAGCGGGGCAGCCCGGGGCCGCUUCCAGCCCCUGCCCGCCUCCUUCCUCCCACCCCAGCACGCAGGUCCAGCCCAAUCAGACUGUCAGCCACGCACUGUCCAUCAAACGGCACCAACAGCAGCACCAACAGCCGCCGCCCCUGCAGAUCCUGUCCCAGCCGCCCCCCUCUCAGCCUACCUCCACCGAGUCCAGCUUGAUCAAACAGCUACUGCUUCCAAAGCGAGGGCCUUUAACGCCGGGGGGGAAGCUCAUCCUGCCCGCCCCCCAGGUGCCCCCUCCCAACAACACGAUAGCCCAGAGUCCGCAGGUCAUCUACCAGGCGGGCUACGCCAACCAGAGCCCCUCCCCUCAGCCCCCGCAGCUAAACGUGCAGCUGGUGCCGGGCCAGCUGCCGGCGGCCGCCGCGCCGGGCCUCCAGACGGUCCAGCUCCUGCCGGGCCAGCUCAUCUCCACCGGCAGCCCGGGGGGGGCCACCAUCAUCCAGAGCCCCGUGGCGUCAGGACAGGUCACCUUCACCGUGGUCCCCAACACCGGCUUCACCACCUCCGCCGCCGCCGUCGGCCCGGGAGCCGCGUCUCCUGCAUUCUCUACUGGAACUGUACCCCACCACGCCCCCCCAGCCCCGCCUCCCCCUCCCCCUCCCCCGCCGCCGCCGCCUCCUCCUCCACCACUGCCAGCUCCCCUCAGAGGAGACAAGAUCAUCUGUCAAAAGGAGGAGGAGGCCAAGGACGCCACGGGGCUGCACAUCCACGAGAGGAAGAUCGAGGUGAUGGAGAACUCCUCCUUGGCCGGCGGGGAUUCCUCCGGCGUCAAAACGAGUAACGGCGACGUCGCGGCGGGCGACAAGCUGCUAAACGGUCGGAAGUGCAUGGAGUCUAAUCUACCUCCAUACCACUCAGGGAACAGCCAGGGAGCGCUCAACGGCCCGGCCCCGGAGAGCCGCCCUGCUAACGGGAGGCAGGCCCUCUCUCCAGGCGCCAGCGCCCCGGCGGAGGGCAGCCCCGACCCCAAAAAGACUCUGGUCAACGGGGUGUGCGACUUCGAUCGGGGCGACGGCGGCGGGAACUUUAACAAAAACAUUCCAAAUCACAUUGCUUCCAAACAGUUCUUGGGGAACGGCGAGGUGGGCCCCUCCGAGAAGAGCCACAGCCUCGACCCUCCCCUCCCUCCUCCCCCCCAGCAGGACACUGCCAAAGCCCAGCAGGCCGAGCGCCUGGCCAACGGACCCCCGGCGCAAGGCAGCAGGCCUCCCUCGGAAUUAUCCAACGGACCUUUGGGGCCGGGCCACGCCACGCCGGUGCUGAGACAGCAACUGCUCCCCAACUCCCCCUGCCCCCCUCCCGCCGCCGCCGCCACUGUUACCUCCCAGAGUCCCGCCGCCCCUCCGGCCAACGGGGUCGCCCCCGAGGCCCGGGGCUUCAAGAGGCCGGCCGAGAGCGAGGAGCGCAGCUCGGCGGCGGCGUCCUCGGGGAUCCCCAACAAAGUGGGCGUGCGGAUCAUCACCAUCAGCGACCCCAACAACGCCGGCAGCAGCGCCACCAUGGUGGCGGUGCCGGCGGGAACAGACCCAAGCACAGUAGCCAAAGUAGCAAUAGAGAACGCCACUCAGCAGAGGAACUGCUCACCCACACAGGCAGCUGGCACAACGCCCACGGUUACCCCGUCCCCGCCCCCCGCCUCCCAGCCGGCGCCGGCGGGGAGCCACAGCCCUCACCUCCCAGCACAGCAGACCUCCACGGCGGCUCCGGAGCCGAGCAGGAAAGCAGGGCAGAACUUCAAGUGUCUGUGGCAGUCGUGCAAACGGUGGUUCGAGACGCCGUCUCAGGUGUUCUACCACGCGGCGACGCAGCACGGAGGGAAGGACGUGUACGGAGGCCAGUGUCAGUGGGAGGGCUGCGAGCCGUUCCCCCGGCAGAGACUCUCCUUCAUCACACAUCUACAGGAUAAGCACUGUUCUCGAGAGGCUUUGCUGGCUGGACUCAAGCUGGAGGAGCAGCAGGCACAAAGUCCCAAUCAGACUUCUUCCCAGACGCCGCCAGCGGCAGGCAGCACUCCGGCACCGCGAGCACCGAAAGCAAUCGUCAAUCAUCCAAGCGCAGCUCUCAUGGCCCUCCGCAGAGGCUCUCGAAACCUGGUCUUCAGGGACUUCACCGACGAGAAAGAAGGACCAGUGACCAAACACAUAAGACUAACUGCUGCCUUAACGUUAAAGAACGUCGCCAAGCACUCGGACUGCGGUCGCAUGUUGGUAAAGCGGCAUGAGACGCACCUCUCCGUGCUGGCGCUCAGUAACAUGGAGGUCUCCACCACGCUCGCCAAAUGCCUUUACGAACUGACACGCUCGCUCCAGGCCUAACGCCAAACGGACAAGCUGGAGAGACCGCGCUCUCCCCCCCCUUCCUCCCCGUCCCUCUCGUGGGCGGAGCCAGCCGCCGGUGCAGCCGCGGCGGGUCGGCAGCGGGGGCGAGGAACCAAGGACGUCUGAGCCCGCUCCCGUCCCCCGCCGACCUCCUCGCCAACCUGUGUUCAAACCCCCGACGCUCCUCCAUCAACACGCAGGAGAAGAUCAGAAAAAAAAAAAAAAACACACAAACUGCCAUGGGGUCUUCCACCAGCUGCCCACCAGGGGGAGCUCUGAGACUGCUUCCCUGAGGGACUCCACCAACGAGACCCCGAACGAGCACAUUUCCUCUGUUGUUCUUGUUUUUUUGUUUUGUUUUUUUUGUAGUCUUCUUCUGUUUGUUUCCUUGGAGUCCCGUGAAGCGGCGCGUGAGUGGCGGUCGACUGAAGCAUCCGGGUGGGCGGGGCCGCCGAUGGCGUCCCACGGGAUCGGGCAGAGGACGGCUCGGCCGGCAACUGGCAGAGAGAGAGUUUUUUUUUUUUUUUUUUUUUUUUUCUUUAGAAACUUGGUAGCUUGGUUUUCUUACUUGAGUCAAUAUAUUUUCACUUAUUUAUUAUUGAAAUGAAUACCAUUACAAUUAAUAAAAAAAAAAAAGAAUCCUGUAAAUAUGUUGUGAAUAUAUAUAUAAAGAAGAUCCUCUUUCAUGCCGAUGCAGCCACUGGAGAACUCACUCUGUGGAGUCAUAGAAGCAUUACUUUGGCAGGAUUGAAUAAACUAGUCUGUUUUUUUCUUUGUGUUUUGGUUUUGUUUGUUUUUUUGUUUUUUUUUUUUUUGCUUUUCUAUGAUCCCUGGUCACUUGUAUCUAAUGUGAUUCUAUACUCAGCAGUGGAUGAAUGUACUUAAAAACCUGUAAAUAAUUCUGCAAAGGUACUGAUGCUGUAAAGCUUAGGGAGGGGGAAAACAGUUUUUUGUGGAACUGUGACAUUUUUUGUAUUAUAAUACCUUGUAGAACUCAUUUUGCUGGCUGAAAGAGUAUGGAAUAAUAUAUCAUGUCAUUUUGUAGAAGAAAAAAAAAAUAUUGAAGGUAUUCUCUUCCCCUUCCUCUUUCCCGCGCACAUCCUCUCUCCUCCCCCCCCCCCCCCCCCCUUCAACACGCACACACACAACACACACACGAGUAACAUAUAUCCACUGUAAGCGUUUUGUCAUUGUACGGGCACAGUGCGCGUACCAAAAUUUUUUUGUAUUUGUAAAUUGGUUUAAAUACAUGGAGUUUUUAUACAGGUUUUCUCCUGUGUUCUUUGCUUUACGUGCAGGUAUGAUAUUUUCUUCACUACUUUUUUCUAUCUUAAUAUAGUGUGGAGUUUUAUUGUACUAUUUUUUCAUUCUUAAUACCAUGCCACAUUCCGGCUCACGUCCUCAGACUGUCCUCUCUACUGUGUGUUGUGUAACAUUUAUGACUGCCUGUCGUAUUAGCAUCUGACCGGGGGCGACCCAACCAUCCUCAUUUCUGCGGUGUCAGUAGGAUGUGUGACUAUACAUAGAUCUAACAGUCUGUUAGAGAUUGGCUUUAUUUACUUUGGUGACUGUUUAUAGUUUUUAAAUAAAACACUGAACAUUUUG